AUGCACAACCAUGCAGGCCGAUUCUUGGACUACAUGAUGGUGGAUACAAAGCUACUAAUGAGUCAAGUACAUGAGUUGCAAGUGCUCAUCCAAGAACUUCUUGUCGAAGGAAUGUUCAUUAAUGAAGCCUUUCAAGUUGCCGUAAUGACUAAGAAGCUACCUCUUAGUUUGAGAGAUUUCAAAAACUAUCUAAAGCACAAGAGAAAGGAGGCUCUUGUUGGAAAGCUUCAAAUUGAAUAUGACAAUAGAAAGUCUGACCAAAGAUCCAUGAAGAUCGUGGUGAAGACCAAUGUUGUGGAGCAUGGCAGUAGCUUAAAGACUAAAAAGAAACCUGGAAACAGUUCCAUUUGGGGCCUAAAGGAUGCAUAUCCAAGAAGGCCAAUGGGUUCUAAUAUAAGAGAGUGGUGGAUAGAUACAGGUGCAACCCACAACGUGUGUGCAAGUAAGAGUAUGUUCACCUCCUUCGAACCAAAGGAAAUUGGGGAGAAGUUGUUCAUGGGUAACUCUACCACUUCAGAAAUCCAAGGAGAUGGCAAGAUUGUUCUACAGAUGACCUCUGGGAAGAAUCUAACUCUGAAUAAUAUAUUGUAUGUUCUAGAUAUUCGUAAGAAUUUGGUGUCUAGAUAG